UGCCAGCGCAUCGGGUGCGACGUCGUCUACGACGCCCUGCGCGGUAACCCGCCCGGAUGCUGCCGCCACCAUCCCGGCGCGCCCGUGUUCCACGACGGGACCAAGCAGUGGUCGUGCUGCGGCGCGCGGUCGCACGACUUUGCGCUCUUCAUGGAGAUCAAGGGGUGCGCGGUGGGGCGGCACACCCAGGUGAAACCAAAGGUGACACGCGCGGCGCCGUCACCCAACGCCGCCGCUCCGGGCGCGGCGCCCGUCCCUCGAGGAGAUCCCGCGUCCAAGGCCCGAUGCGCGCGAUGCGCGCAGGGCUUCUUCUGCAGCGACCACGCGGCGAGCGCGGAGGCUCAGGCGGCGUACGUCGACCCGUACGCGGCGCGACGAGCGACGUGCCACGUGUACGAUGACGUGGACGAUCUCGUGGACGACGUGGACCCGCUCGAGCCGCGGACGUGUCGCAACGCGGGAUGCGGCGCUCGGUACACCGAGGCGGAAAACGCCGACGACGCGUGCCUGCACCAUCCGGGACCCCCGGUGUUUCACGAGCGCAAGAAGGGGUGGGCGUGCUGCGACGUGCACGUGUACGACUUCGACGAGUUCAUGCGCGUGCCGCCGUGCGCGAAAGGCAGGCACCGCGCGCAUCCG